AUGAACUUCAAUAUGUUGGAUUCAAACACGGUUUGGUUUAUCACUGGAUGCUCUUCUGGAGUGGGAAAGUCCUUAGCGAACAUCAUUCAUGCCGCCGGUCACCAUAUAGUGGCUACUGCACGCGGUGUGAAUACGCUCUCCUACCUCCCUGAAGGACCAAAUGUUCUGAAGCUUGCUCUGGAUGUCACAUGCAGACAAACUAUUCUAAAAUCUCUCGCCAUUUCCAUAGAGAAAUUUGGUCACAUCGAUGUUGUUAUCAACAAUGCUGGGUACGCCCUUAUGGGAGACUCCGAGGCCAUUCCUGAGUCGGAUGCUCGACUUCAAAUGGAGACCCUUUUCUGGGGCCCUGUUUUAAUCACCCAAGAGGCGGUUCGCAUUUUUCGGGAAAUCAACCCCGCCGGAAAAGGUGGAACUGUUGUCCAGAUAUCUUCCAUCGGAGGUUACUUGACUUUUUCGGGCAGCUCAUUCUACCAUGCCGGGUAA